UGUACACACACUAUCAGAAUGGCGAAGGUGGACGUUUGUCUGACUUGGAAUGACUUUUUCUGGUCGUUGCAAAAGCUUUCUCACUCGCCCUACUCCAGAGAUGCCCAAGAAAAGGAUUGGUUUCGUAUCAAUCCGCUGGAAAUCGUUCUCUUGGGUUGCGAGUCUUUGGGAGUUGAACAAGAGUGUCAAAGACAGAUGGCUACUAUUACUGUUGGGAUGACCAAUAUCACUACAGAAAUGUCGUCCAGACCUCGUCUCUGGUUGAAGCUUAUUGAUAUUCUAACGCUUACAUUCUCAUCUGCGAACUGCCCUGCUGGAAUUCAACAAAGGGUUUUAAUGGCUCUUAAACAUAUUUAUGAUGCUGCAAACAGAAUAGACAGAAUACGUGUUGCUGUCAUUUCUCAUUUGGUUACCUGUGUUCUUCCUGGAUUAGAAACCGUCAGUCAGGAGACUUCUGUCAUUCUUAGCCCAGUCGGCACGUUUGUUUCAAAAAUGGUUUCUGAGCUCCGUUCUAUGUUAAGCAACUGCUCUCUUCAUUUUGCUCCACGACCAUCUGCCAGACAACCUCUCAUUCUAAGGCUACAGAACAUGCCUUCAUCUAGACAAAAUCAGCAGGAUCUGAAUGAUGCACAGCUUCAUAUCUACAUGUAUGCAAAACAUCAUGGAUUUGAAAGUAUUUCAACUUAUCUAGAACACUUGGAUAGUGCCAUCAGUUUAAUGACCAUUUUCAAUAGCUGUGAAUUAUCUAGCACAAAGCCAUUACAUUGCUUAUUGUAUAUUCUCAACUGUUUUGAGCAGUCAUUAGGAAAGGAGCACAGACAACACGAUGUGGUAUCUCAAUUGCUUUCUCUGUUUAUUGCUUGUUGUGAGAAGUGGAUGUCCAUCACAGGCACCAAAUCUGAUCUUCCAAACAAAAUCAUAGAAUUGUGUUUUGUGUUACUUGCUGCUCACGAGAAUGACACAGGACUGCAGUUGGCCAUCAAUCUAUUGGGUAACCCAUUUGAUAUCCUUGUCUCAUAUUCAACUGAAGGAUAUCUGUCAUCAAAUUCACCUGAAAUGCUCAGGUCGUUGUUAGAACUGAUAACCGUAGGUGUUGAGACUGGUGUGAGUCCCAUGGAAAUGAUGACUUCUUUUCUUGCAAACUUAUUUGGACCAUUAUUUGGAGCAAGAGACCAUAGGAUUUCAAGAGCACUGAUUGAGUAUGGGAUAUUGUCACUGUGUUCUUCUCACAGGAACAUUUUAAUUGAGAAGGGUCUUCAUUUUAUGGGCAAAUUGUAUCAUCUCUUUCCACCUAUUGAUGCUGUUGUGGCUCAAAGGCAUGCAGCUUGUCGUCGAGCUGAAGCUAUUUCUGUCGCAAGCAACAUAAUGGAUGAUGUUAUGAACUCUGCACCAUUUCUGGCACUCGAUUCUGGUUGUUCUGUUGAGAAGAGUAGUAUUGAGAUGAUUGCGAAACAGCUUGUCACAGAUGUAAUUUACAAGGCAACACGAUUGUUUAAACAUGAUCAAGGUUGGGAGUUGGUAAAGCUACCAGUUGCAACAGUGAGCUUCAAUGAAGUGAUCGCUUAUCCAUCAGAUUUAGAUCGAGAGAUAGACAGACAAUUGCGGAUGGACAUCACAGUGGAACUGCUCCAUCUUGCUUGCGCAAUUAUACGGAGAGGUGAUGACAUUUCAUUUUUGUAUGGUAAUGUUCUUCCCAAAUUACUCCAGCCUCAACCUGAAACGGUUUUGCCACAUGCCACCAGACAUACAGCAAUGAAAUUAUUUGGAGAAGACCCUUUGAUAACAUCUGUGGUCGGUUGUUGGACUCAUGAUUACAAACUCUUUGCUCUGGAGUUGUUGAAGUUGGCCACUGUCUGUGUGAGCAAAAAUGUUUGCAGUCCGUUUCUUGUUUGUGCUAUUGCUGUACCAAAGCUGGUGUCAAACAUUGGCAGGUUGGCACUGAGAAGAGAAGAGAAAUUGAAAGUGAUUAUGGAGGUGCUUCAUAUUGCUAGAGAUGGUCUGAAUGCUGGUCAGCAUAUUGAAGACUUUAUUACUCAUGGUAUUGACUUUUUGUCAAGGUUGUUGCCAGAGACAGGGAACAGUGAAGAACUAAAAACGUUUGUAGCUGACAUGGCUCACUGUUUUAUUCGAUCAUCUCAGUCAUCGGUGUUGUUUUUGGCAAAGUCUUCUUGUGAGUUUAUGCUACAUCACUUUUCAGCCGAAGAGAAACACAUUCAAGCAUUGUUUCGGGUUUUGAUUCAGAGAGGCCGUCGCGAUGACAUUCGGAGCAUUUUUCGUAUGUGUAAAGAGCCAUUUAUAGACCCAGCUUAUACGGCAAUUCGUUCAUUCAUUUAUGAAUAUUCAACCGGAGGCAUAAAUUCAAAGCAGCUGCAGGCUCUUUGCGAGAUUUUGCAGCUAGUGUUCACUCUGAUGGGUCCGCAAGCUAAUCAUAGAGGUAGAGAUGACAUAGCACAAGAUUCUAACCUACAGAUGGAAAAGGCAAAACAGGAAGUGCUGCUCACAAUUACUGGUAACUUGAUGGAUGAGCUAGUUUCUCAUCUUCAACAUAAGACGUUUACUAGAGAUGUAUGGGAACAUGUAAACAAACAGUUGUCACAUGUAAUACUCUUCAAGACUCUGUAUGGUGAAGAAUUGGCAGAAUUAACAGACAAAACACAACACAAUGUCUUGAAAAUAUUUGACAGUAAAUUUGCUCCUGAUGUCAUCAGCAGCCAUGAACUCAUGACAACAUUGUCACAGUGUGCAACACGAUUAGAAACUAUGCAGUUGCCUCGCUAUGAUGAAUUGAAGCGACUUUUGAUCCGAAUACUAAACUACUUCCUUGUUUGCAAUGUAAAUGAAACACUGGUUGUAGAUGAAUCCACAGACAACUUAAAAAUUUUACGACAGAGACGGUUUUCUCUUCUCGAAUCAUAUUUAUUGAACUUACCAAGAAAUUCAGAGGAUCGCGAACUACUGAUAAAGCAUGGUUACAGCAGAAGAUGCUGGGAACAGCCAUGCAGAAUUACGGUCACAACUGAUGGAUGUCGAAGCUUAGAGGAAAACAUGCGGCAAGCACUUUUGGCUUACUAUACAGAGUACAUUGAACUGCUAAAAAGCCUUGGUGUUGCUCAGAUAUCUGUGGAUGGGGAAAUUGUAGUUGUUGACCGGUUGUUUGAUGAAACACUUCCACUGAGUCAUCUGAAGGGUCGACGAGCUAUUGCUGUGAGAAUGAUUGAUAGUCAUGUGUCAAGUGCUUUCUCUAGUCGUGCACUUGACAGAAAGAUUACCCUUUUGGCUGAGGAAGACAGAAUAGAGACAGAGUUUGAAUCUCAGCCACUGGAUCCAGUUGAACCAAAGACUUUUACUGCUAUGCUUCACUCAAGCUUUUUUGACUGUGCUAGAUGUUGUGGUCCCAAGUUAGUUGGUUGUUAUGUCCCAACAGGAGAACACAGUGAAAGACCUCUUGAGAUUGGGAUGCGUCAGGAUAGUGGCUUUCUUAGCAUUUAUGAUGAGAAGGGAGAAGAAAUCGAAAACUGUGAAAUUGUGUUUGCAGAUGAAGGAGUGUAUGUGUACAAAGCAUACAGUAAUGGUCAUCCGUAUGAUACUUCUAAGGUGUGGGUGUCCAUGUUUGAAGCAUUGUUGAAGGGCUCAGAUUCUUAUGUGCCAGCUGUUAUUGUACCAAUGUAUCACCCUAAUGUACAGACUUGGAACAUCAUCAAAAGAAUUGUUGACACGGAGAUGACAGGAAGUGAGCUGACUUUUCGUUUUGAUUUUUCUUCUGAGUGGAAAAGUUACUAUGAUUACAGACCAGAGAGAAUACGUUGUGGUUCUGAUGUUGUUCUUCACCCUGGAUUUAGUGUCAAUGAGAGUAGUCGAGAAAGACGAAUGCUAAUAAGGCAAAAAUCACGACUGACUAAAGACCUUGCUGGUGAAAUUUUUGACGUUAUUAUUCAAGGAAUGCUUAAACAUGACUGGCUGAAACGUUUUCGGUUUUUGGGCAAACAUAUUGCUCAGUUUGUCAGUUAUAUGGUGAACCAUGGUAGUGCAAAUAAUGCUAUCUUGCUUAAUGGAUUUGAUUAUGAUCGCUGGAAGAGAACACAGAAAACUGAAAAGGUUGCAUCAAAGAAGGAGAUUGUUGAGCAGCUGAGUGAUUAUGUUGUGAGAGAGGUUAUGAGCUACCAUGUUCGUGUUGAGGUUGUUGGGCUUUUUGCUGAAAGUCGUAAACGGUUUUUUGAAAUGAAGAGUUUUAUCGAAAAGCUAUUGCAUAGAGUGUCAAAUUUUGGUCUUCAACGAAAGUACAAGGAAAUGUUAGCUGUGUUGCAAGCAUCAACACAAGUCGUUCCAAUUUGUGAUUUGCCUGCUGCACUAGCAGAGGAGCUGAUUCAUUUUAUAUUUCGUAAUGAAGACAGAGUGUGGAGAUACCGUGGGGGUAGAGAUGGCUAUGAGACUUUGCAACAAUACAUGGGAUUUCUUGGAAGAACAACGAAUGCAGAAUCUGGUGGGUUGUCAGUUUGUGUCUCCAAGCCACAAGCAUUUGCAGGAAUGGCUGUAUUCUGUGUUCCAUCAGGUUUUUAUUCUGAUUACAAUUACAGAGUAGAAGACGUCAUUGCGUAUGCUGUUGGCGAAUAUGUACCAUUAGUUGAAACUGAUGUGGAGUUGCCAAGUGAAUUUGCUUAUGAAGUUGUCACGGCUUGGGUUCAUCCAAGAUUUCGAAGCCUUAGUCUUAGUAUUCAGAUGUAUUGUGGAAUCAUGGAGAACGCUGAGACUUCGUUUUUGCUGUGCGAUACUGUGCUUGGAAGUUUUGAACACAUUGUCGCUAGCAAUCGACUGUUUCGCUUGUUGGUUAGACUUCGCUUGCUUAGCUACAUACUGAGGAAGAGAGAGGAAUCUUAUGAAGUUAUUACGCAGGAUGGGCAGCGUGAGAAAUUUGAGAAGCUAACUAUUUGUACAACACCUGUUGUCACUGCUUUCAAGGUUCACCAUUGGUUAAAUAGAGUGUCACGAGUGUGCUGUUGUAAGAGUGUGUGGCUGAGUGCACUGCCUGUCAUUGCAGUGGGUGCAUGGAUUCUGUGCAAGCAUCGAUAAGCACAACACUCUAAAAAAACUAGUAGAACAUUGACAGAUUUAUUGACUGGAUAUGCAGAUGAGCAGGUGCUAGCUACACAUUAGAAAAGCAGACAUCUCAAUUAACUAUCACAUAACACAUGUAAAUAUACUGCACACUAUCAUGGAUGUAUUUAUUAAUAGAAAUUUAACCUAA